GUUGCCUCAUGGAAAGUUUUCUUUUAUAUACCCAUGCACUAUAUAUGAUAUGUGAUAUAACCUCCUCCCCUUACCGCCUUAUAAUCUCUCUAUCAUCUCGUUUCUUCCUCAUGACUCUCCUUGAAGCUUUGGCCAUUCUCAUUCUCAUAUGCCUUACCUUUUUAGUUUUUCAUUACAAACCUCAAAACCUAAAAAGUCUUAUCAAAAGACUCUGGCUGCCUCUUGGUAUGAUACCAGAUGCCAUCACAAACUUGCACCGACUCCAUAAUACACUCACCAGGACUCUGAAUCGUCGUGGAGGUACUUUCAAGUGGAAAGGCCAUUGGUUUGCCAACAUGGAUAUGCUUAUCACCACAGACCCAUUAGACAUUCACCAUGUUUUGAGCAAAAACUUUCCUAAUUAUCCAAAAGGCCCAAAAUACCGUAAAUUGUUUGACAUUUUUGGAGAUGGAAUCAUUAAUCUCGACGGACAUCUAUGGGAAAUUCACCGCAAAACCAUCAUGUCGCUCUUUAGGCAACCCAACUUUCAAAGUGUUUUCGAAGCAGUUGUCUGGAAUAAAGUGGAAACAGCGCUUUUGCCAGUAUUAGAGUCUAUAUCCAAAACGGGCAUGGAAAUCGACUUGCAGGAAAUAUUUCAAAGGUUCACUUUUGACACUAUAUGCAAGGUGCUCUUAGACUAUGACCCUCAAAGCUUGUCUAUAAAUUUUCCUUACAUUCCGUGUGAGAAAGCCUGGGUAGAUAUUACAGACGGCAUGUUGUAUAGGCAUCUUAUACCCCCAAUCUUUUGGAAAUUACAACGAUUACUGAGGAUGGGGAAUGAGAAGAAGUUGAGUGACGCAUACAAUGCAGUUUAUCACUUCGUAGACAAGUGCUUAGCUAGAAUACAACACGAGUCCAUUAACACGGAAAGCGAACAUGUGAAUGAAAGUUUUGGAUUAGUGACAUCCCUGGUAACAGAGUUCAAAAGCCAAAGCGGCAAUUUUGGAUAUCCUCCCAAAAACUUUGUAAGGGAUACCAUAGUGACCCUCUUGGGUGCAGGGAGAGAUACAACUAGCACAACUCUCUCAUGGUUUUUCUAUCUCGUUGCAAAAAAUCCAAUCGUAGAGCACAAGAUCCGAGAGGAGAUUAACACGUUUCUGGAGGUGAAAGUAGAUGAUCAGAAGAACUGGAAUUCCAAAGAGCCAGAAAUCCUUCCAAGUGGCCACCACGUUACUCAAAACACCAGGAUUAUUCUAUAUUACUAUGGAAUGGGAAGGAUGGAAAAGAUAUGGGGUAAGGAUUGUACGGAAUUCAAGCCUGAAAGAUGGAUUUCAGAGAAAGGAGGUAUCAAACAUGAGCCAUCUUACAAGUUCGUCGCAUUUAGUGGUGGGCCGAGGACAUGCUUAGGUAAGGACAUGAGUUUCACUCAACUAAAGAUAGUGGUAUCUACAAUCAUUUAUCAUUAUCACAUUGAGCUGGUAGAAGGUCACCCGGUUAUUCCUAGCGCUUCUAUGGUACUUAUGAUGAAGCAUGGGUUGAAGGUCAGGUUAACCAAAAUAAGUAUUUGAGCCACACAUACUAGAAAAAAAAACGAAAUAAAUCGAUCCGGUGUGAAAUUUAAAUUUUAUGUUAUGUUUGAUAAUGAGUUCGAUAUUUCUAAUAAAUGAUGUUGCAUAUGUGUCAUGUCUAGCAAGAACAUGUAGUCAUUGCCACAUGCAUUUGCAUAUAUGUCACCUAUGUUUAGAAGUUUCUAUAUAUACUUUGUAUUUUGCAUCUAAGAUAUAUUUCGGUUUGUAAAAUGAUAAUCUUAAAGUUCUCUCUUUACGUCUCUGUCCCUUUC